CCGGGCCGGGCCGGGCCUCGCUGGUUCCGGCGCCGCGUGGGCAGCGGCGGGGCCCGGCCCCUCCCGGCCCGGUGCGGUCCCGUUCGGAGCGGCGGGGCCCCCCGGUUCGGCUCGGCCCGGCCAUGUGGUUCCUGUACGCGCUGAGCUGGCUGUCCCUGCUGCUGCAGGUCGCCUUCGUCACCCUGGCCAUCGCCGCCGGCCUCUACUACCUGGCGGAGCUGAUCGAGGAGUACACGGUUGUCACCAGGAGGAUCAUCAAGUACAUGAUCUGGUUCUCCACGGCGGUGCUCGUCGGCCUCUACCUCUUCGAGCACUUCCCCGGCUUCAUGGUGGGCGUGGGGCUCUUCACCAACCUGGUCUACUUCGGUUUGCUGCAGACCUUCCCCUUCAUCGUGCUGACCUCCUCCAACUUCAUCCUGUCCUGCGUGCUGGUCGUCCUGAACCACUACCUGGCCUUCCAGUACUUCGCGGAGGAGUACUACCUCUUCUCCGAGGUUCUCGCCUACUUCACCUUCUGCCUGUGGUUGAUCCCCUUUGCUUUUUUCGUCUCCUUGUCGGCCGGAGAGAACGUCCUGCCGUCCACCGUGCAGCCUGGAGAUGACGUCGUCUCCAACUACUUCACCAAGGGAAAGAGGGGCAAGCGCUCUGGCAUCCUCCUCAUCUUCUCCUUCAUCAAGGAGGCCAUCCUCAGCCGGCAGAAGAUUUACUGAGCCCCGCAGGCAGCCGGUGCCGGGCAGACCCAAACUGUGCCGAGGGCUGCGGGGCAGCGCGCGCCACGCCUCGCUGGAGCCCUCCUCGAUGUCUGCGGCCGGGAUCCUGCUGGGAACGUGUGGAUACGUGGGGGCUGGACAGGCU